AUGAUCAUGGGAAAGUCGCCUUGUCGGAUCUUGGUCAUGGCUUCCGGCCAUGGCUCGAACUUCCAAGCCCUCAUUGAUGCCAUAGCUGUUGGUGGGCUUCCAGAUAGCCGCAUUAUUUCUCUCAUCACGAAUCGGAAGAAUGCACAUGCAACUGCUCGAGCGGAGAAAGCAGGCAUCCCUUGGGAGUACUUUAAUCUGAUCAGUCACGGGUUCUUGCAAAGGGGAGAGUCAGAUGAGCAGAAGGUGACUGAGGGGCGUCAGAAUUACGAUUCUACGCUGGCUGCAAGAAUACUCUCAGAGAGCCAAGAAAAGCCUGAGUUAAUUGUUCUCGCCGGUUGGAUGCACGUCUUCUCAACUUCGUUCCUGGAGCCUCUCGAGAAGGCAGGGGUGAAGAUUAUCAAUCUUCAUCCGGCUCUACCAGGAGAAUUCGAUGGGGCCAGGGCGAUUGAGCGAGCUUUCGAAGAGCUCAAGGCUGGCCGCAUCAAACGCACAGGUAUAAUGGCCCACUACGUUAUUGACGAAGUGGAUAGGGGCGAGCCUAUUAUUACUCAAGAAAUUGAGUGGAACGGGGAAGAUUUGGAAGACUUGGAGAAAAAGAUUCACUCCUAUGAGCACAGUUUGAUUGUGAGGGCGACGGCAAUGGUGGCGAAGGCGAUCAUAGACAGAAGGGACACAUAA